AUGGCUCAGUCACUAUACCACUUACCCUCCGAACAAGUGUUAGUUGAAUGUCGUGCGAUCGUGUUUUCCCACGAUAUUAACCGAUGGGUCGAGGUGGGUGAGCACAACGUUUAUUCGCGAAUUCAACUGAUAUGCAUACGUUCACCCGGAAGUACUGCAGUGUAUAAAGUUCUAGCGAGACUAGAAUCUACGGGAACGGUAAGAAAUUUAACUUAAAAAUAUAUCUUCAUGUUGCAAAUGUUCAGAAACUGCGGUAAGUUACGGGUAUUUACUCCACCUUGAACAGGGUGUCAUUGUAGUCUUCUUCCAUCUAGUAAGCUUUGUAGUGUAAAGGGUAAAAAUUGUGUUUAACCAAAGCAUUAUCCAUUCGCUGUUAGACAGAUCUUGAAAGAACGUCGAAAUUCCCCGUGCUCUUCAAGGUGAUGAUGAUUUUCGUUUUUCUAUAAGGCUUUUGUUUAGGUGAAAAAAAAAACAUUCAUCAUGAAUUCUAAGUUAGAUACUAUUCAUGAUUUCAUAUCUGUUUUCUUUUACAUCAAGAUAUUUGCGUUAUUGACCAAGUGCGAGGGAUGGGUAGAUAUUGGCGAAGUUGUUCUCUGCGUACUUAUUGACUCAGACAAAGUCGAGGUCAUUAAAAACAUUGACCAAUAUCCAGCAAUCUUGGGAUUAUGGGUGCUACUUCUAUAUAUAAAUUUAAAGGAGACUGCACUAAGUUUCUUGUAUUAUUUUCCUCUGUGUAGGUGACGAUUAACAUUCCUUUAUCUGAGCGGGUAACUUACCAUGUAACUGAACCUUCAUGGCAUCAAAUACGUAUUGACCUGCAAGGACUGUAUUAUGGUCUGCGCAUCAGUCCCGAUACUGAUGGGAACAAUUUUGCUGUCAUAAUACAGCAUACCCUUCGCUCUUUGCAAGGUAAUUAGAAUACUCCUGUGUGAAAAGUGAUGCUCUUUGUUAAGCUCUAAAGAUGUAGUAGGUUGGGGAGUAGGGAUUGUCAUGCUAUUUUAGGGAUUGUCAUGCUAUUUGCCAUCUUUUUAAAAGGCUAAAACGUAUCCCCAUGUCAAUUGCACUCUAAAAAAUAAUGGUCCAGUUCUGUUAUGUAAGACUAUAUUAGGCAUUGAAACUGUUUCCUUUAGUCUGUUGCAACAGAUGGCAAGGAUGGACAUUCAAGUUUUAAGGCUAUGCCUGCAAUUAUGACAGUGUUUAUUUUUUCCCUGAUGAAAUUGGGAAGUGGGGGCUUAGAGGCAGAUCCUACAAAAACACAGCAAAAUCACUGUGAACAAAAAAACUGUAGCCCUCUGUGAUCAGAAAGGGCAUCACAUAAUCAGCUUUCACUAAAACAAAAGAACUUUGAACAUCCUCGUCCAUGUACUUCAUUUAGAAUAUUCAAGAAACUGCACUAAUCCACACAUGGACUACUACAGCAAAACUAAAAACAAGGGCAGGGAGAAUAAAACAGAACAGAAAAUUAUGCAUAUUGCAAGAGCAAACACUGAAUUGGAAACUGCGAUGUGAAACUGAGAAGGUCCCUAAUACCCCAUCCCCUGUGCACUGAAAUACUAAACUUAAUUUAGGCACCAGGUACUGCAGUUGGUUAAAUUAAGGCAGGAAUAGCCCUUAUACAUAGUUACUUCAGACCUUCAAAUUUCACAUUAAUGGUGAACUUAUGAGGUUUCAACAUAAUAAACUUCAAAUGCAGAUAAUGAGUUGUCAGAGAUACUACAUACUGCUUGUGCAAAUGCAAGGAAUUUUGCCCUCAAACAAGGCGUGGUGGUUAAAAAAGCAAGACUGUGAUCAACAUUCAUGUUGGCUACUUGUUGUCUCAUUGUCUCUUUGCUUAUCCAUGUUUAAUCUGUAGGUACUCAGGACCAACCAACUUGGCCAAAACCCCUGAUACCUUUACAACAGGUGCCUUACCUACUGUGCCAGCAACUGCAGGAGUAUUUAGAACUCCAGACCCUUCCCCUCAGGUGGAUAGAGGACGUGCACAGACAAGACGUGAUUUAG